GCCCAAACCAUUCCUUCAAUCAUCAUUCUCUUACCACUCAAAACCUUUGCGCACCCAUUCAUUACCAAACAUGGCUUCGGAGAAAAGCAAGAUUCUGGUGAUCGGCGGAACUGGUUACAUCGGAAAAUUCAUUGUAGCAGCGAGCGCCAAAGCUGGCCAUACCACAUUCGCUCUGGUUAGAGAAGCAACUCUCUCCGAUCCCGUCAAGGGCAAAACCGUCCAGAGUUUCCAAGAUCUCGGCGUCACAAUACUACACGGAGAUUUGAAUGAUCACGAAAGCUUAGUAAAGGCCAUUAAACAGGUCGAUGUGGUUAUAUCGACCGUUGGGAGCUUGCAAAUCUUGGAUCAAACCAAGAUCAUUUCCGCCAUUAAAGAAGCUGGUAACGUCAAGAGAUUCUUGCCGUCUGAGUUUGGGACAGACGUGGACAGGACAAGUGCGGUUGAGCCAGCGAAAUCGGCUUUUGCAGGAAAGAUACAGAUCAGGAGAGCCAUCGAAGCGGAAGGAAUACCAUACACGUACGCUGUUACCGGUUGCUUUGCCGGUUACUACUUGCCUACAUUGGUUCAGUUUGAACCUGGUCUCACUUCUCCUCCUAGAGACAAAGUCACCAUUCUUGGCGAUGGAAAUGCCAAAGCUGUGAUCAACAAAGAGGAAGAUAUUGCUGCUUACACGAUCAAGGCUGUGGAUGAUCCUAGGACUCUGAACAAAAUUCUCUACAUUAAGCCUCCUAACAAUACUUUAUCUAUGAACGAAAUUGUCACCUUGUGGGAGAAAAAGAUCGGCAAGUCUCUCGAGAAGACUCACAUUCCAGAUGAACAAAUACUUAAAAGCAUCCAAGAGUCUCCGGUUCCCAUCAAUGUUGUUCUGUCGAUAAACCACGCGGUGUUUGUGAAAGGAGAUCAGACCAAUUUCACUAUAGAGCCUUCCUUUGGUGUGGAAGCCUCUGACCUUUACCCUAAUGUCAAGUACACGAGUGUUGACGAGUAUCUCAGUUACUUCGUUUGAUGAAUUUCAUAAAAACACGUAAUUUACCACCAUGACGCGCUUGUUUCAUGUUUGUAUAUCAAUAAAAGACUGGUUCUUGU